GUGUGUUGCUUGCCCCUUGACCUUAAAAAUCUAUUAAAACACUUAGCGUUAAUUAAUAUAAUUAUAAUUCAGACUACAAGCCAACAAUAUGAACACAUUCUGAGGAUACACGACUUUGGACUUGGUAUAAUAAAUGAUCUUUAAAAUAAUUACACAAAUUACUUAUGUUUAUAUGAUAUACAAUAAUUAAUCGCAAUGGAACAAUUUCACAACAGAAAAUUUAAAAAUUUGAAUUUUCGUGAGCACAAUUGUUUUAAAACAGAUGGUUCCUAAUACUAAAUUUGUAUGACUUUUUAGAGAAUUAGUGAAAUUCAAUGUUUUGUUUGUUAGAGUUUGUUUAGUUGUUUGAAACGGAAUAUGUCGAAGAUUUCACUACUACGGGUAAAAGAGAAAAAGGAUCAGAGCACCUGCAUGUCACCCAGUUUUCUAUCACAAUUUAACAACGUCAAAAAAAAGAAAAGAAAAGUCUAUCCGUAUGAGUGCAGACAGCAGUACAGCUUGGAAAAAGAGCCCGAGAAGAAUGAAAGCGAAGAAAAGACGCAGAUCGAAAAGAUAAACAUGGGCUACUUGAACAUGCUUAAAACGCAUCGAAAAAAAGUAAUCGAAUCUCUUAUGGUGCAGACGUGUUGGAGGCAAUUUAAACCGGAGCCACACAGGAGGAAAAGAAGGAAGAAGAAAAACCCUAGAACGAUUGAACCUCUUCCUGAGUUGAUUAUCAGUGGCGAAGAAAGCGAUGACCAGCAGCAGCUCAAACCCCCGUUUUAUAUUAAUUGAAGUGAAAGCAGACAAACUAAUUUUUAGCAUGAAAAAUUUUAUUGCGAUAAAAUAUGUUGUAUCGUCA